AUGGACGAUCAAGGUGGCCGACGGAGGAGGUCGAGCAGCAUCCUCCAGGUUUAUCAUGAGCCGCCGGAGCCCAUUGAGCAGCUCAGCGACCAGUCGGUCCUGCCCAACCUCAAUGCAAAUUGGGUCAAUGCCAAAGGGGCAUGGACCAUCCACCUGGUUCUGAUUGUGUGUCUCAAGAUCAUCUACGACAUCAUCCCCGGCGUCUCGCAGGAGACAUCUUGGACCUUGACCAACAUCACCUACAUGUUCGGUUCCUACAUCAUGUUCCACUACGUCCGGGGCGUGCCCUUUGAAUUCAACAGCGGGGCGUACGACAACCUCAACAUGUGGGAGCAAAUCGACGAUGGCGCCCAGUAUACUCCGGCCAAGAAGUUCCUCCUCAGCGUCCCCAUUGUGUUGUUCUUGCUCAGCACCCACUACACCCACUACGAUUUAACAUAUUUUACAAUCAACUUCCUGGCUGUUCUGGCUGUCGUCAUACCGAAGCUGCCCUUUAGCCACCGCAUGCGCGUCGGUCUAUUCUCGGGCGUCCCUGAAGAUUAG